UUUUUGUGAGAGAAGUUUGCUGAGUUGUACUGUGCUUGUCUGUAUUACUGAAGCAAUGCUUAGAUGUGUGUGAAACACAACUGUGGUAGGUGAUACUGCUUCUCUGCCUUGAGUUGUCUUUCCAAACAACUGCAGCACUGUAUGCUGAUUUAGAUUACUGCCUAUUAUUGAUCCCAUAAAUUAAUCCUGUACUGUGUUGUUCCCUUGGGUUUUAUUGGCUAUGCUGUCAUGUUUUCACUGUCACUGCAACUCAAAACUUUUGAGAAUGUUGUGCCUCUAGAAAAACCUAUUAGAUUAAUGUAGUUAGGAGUUUAUUAUGGAGAGGUUUUUCCACCCCCCUUAUUGUGAGUGAUUAGAUUACAUAGUCCCUUUCUAACUUUAAAAUCGCGGUAAUUAAUUUUCAGAUUUAGUAGAUGCUAAACAUAAAAGCUUUCAUAAGGACCCAUCUCACCUAACAGUGGCCAAAAUGAAUCCCUAUCUGCAAGAAGGAUGCAGUGAACCUUCCCCAGAGUACUCUCCCAGAGUCUGACAGGCAUCCUGGAGAUAACCUGAACUCAUGGUGGCGUAUUCGGAUUUUUCAUGUUCAUGUUUGUCCAGUUGCUUUUGUAACCCAUCUGAACUGCAUGAGUUAGAAAAGAAUCUCUUGCGAGAUUACUUGUUACUCUAGUAACAGGCUUGCUACGAAAGUGUGUCUUUCUCCCUUAACUACAGACUGCUUAUACUCUUUUCCUGCUGGUUACUCUUCUGUUUUUUUCUCUGUUCCUUUAUACUUUUGUACUUGACAGAGAUUUUCCAAUGGAUUAAAAGAAAGUAAGGCCAAAAACCUAUUCUGGAGCAUAAAAGCCAGUCUUGAUAGUUGUGCUUAUGUUGUAAUUAUGCAACCUUCUGCAGCAAAUGUGACUAAAGCACUUUUUUUCCUCUGGUCCUUUAAGCAAAGCAAAUCUGCUGUGAGAUUGAAGGAGGACAUGAAAAAGAUAGCUGCAUUUCCACUGAACAAGCAGAAAGACACGACCUAUCCAAAGGUGUUUGGUGUGAGUCUUUUGGAGCUCCAGCAGCAGGGACUGAGCAAGAACGGCAUUCCAGUAGUUGUGUGGAAUAUAGUUGAGUACCUCACCCAGCAUGGUAUGAUGCAGGAAGGCCUCUUCAGGGUAAACGGCAGCAUGAAAACGGUGGAACAGUUGCGUCUGCAGUAUGAGCGUGGAGAAAAAGUGGAACUCGUUAAAGAUGGUGAUGUUUACUCAGCAGCCAGUCUGUUAAAAUUAUUUUUGAGAGAGUUGCCAGAUGGGAUAAUCACCUCUGCCUUACAUCCCAGGUUCAUUCAGCUUUACCAGGAUACUAGAAAUGACAUGCAGAAGGAAAGUAACUUGAAAGAACUCCUUAAAGAACUGCCUGAUGCUCAUUACUGCCUGCUGAAGUAUCUGUGCAAGUUCCUGAUAAAAGUUGCUGAACAUCAUGUGGAGAACAGGAUGAACCUUUGCAAUCUUGCCACUGUGUUUGGACCAAACUGCUUUCACGUGCCCUCUGGAUUUGAAGGUAUAAAAGAACAGGAGAUCUGCAACAAGAUAAUGAUAAAAAUGCUGGAGAAUUACAAUACUUUGUUUGAAUUUGAAGCUUUGAAGAAGGAUGAAGAAAAGCCUGUGUGUGAAGAGCUAGCAAGAAUUAUUUUGGUAAAAAUGACAAAGUCCACAGUGGAAGGAUCCAACCAAACGUGCAUAGUGCCACAACCAGGCCUGUCAGAUGGCCUACCUCAGAUCAGCCUCCGAUUAACAGAGAGUGGUUCCUGUUGGAAGGAGAUGAGUUUAACAGAUGAAAUCUCCUUCAUUAACAGUGAUGCAUUUUUCUCCAGCUCCCAAGAAGAUGAACGGCCUAUGUCACCCUUCUAUGUGAGUGCCCACGUAUCACAAGUCAGUAGUAACAUUCCUGCUACAGGAGAGUAUUUAGAGAAGACAAUCCGCUCAGCCGUGGAGCAGCAUCUCUUUGAUGUUCAUGGCUCAGGCGGCCAGAGUUCAGAGGACUCUGAAUCGGGAACAUCUUCAGCCUCUUCUAAUGUGUCUGCCAGGCAGAGGAGGCGACAUCACAAAGAGCAGGAGGAAGCCCGGAGAAACAGAGACAUGGAAGUCGUCAACAAGGAAAACAUUCCUUCUGGAUUCAGCAAUCUUGAAGACUGUAUUCUAGCUGCUCAAGAAGUAGAAAAAUUACAAGACAACAGCUCGUAUCUUAGUGAAAGGAAUAAACCAAAACGGCAGAAAUCCAGCACCAAGCUUUCAGAGCUUAAUGACAACCAGGACAGUCCUGUGAGUAUGGAAAACUUUAGCUCAUCCAGGCCUAUAGACAGAACAGGACCUGAUGACAUGGAAAUUUUAUCUGAAGAAAGCAAAGAAAGUGAAAACGAUGAGGUUUUUGUCAGGCACUCUCAGCUGACUUCAAGUAUGAAGAUUCAAGAGCAUCCAAGCAUUCCUGAAAACAAGUUACAAAGAAAUCAAGAUGCUGAUGAUCAGGAAAACAGCUUUGUGUCAGAAGUGCCUCGGCUGGAUUUGACAGCGCUGUGUGAUGACAACUGGGAAGAGCCCAUCCCUGCUCUUUCCUCAUGGCAGCGAGACGGCUUAGACUCAGAUGAGGCUCGCCUUUCCCCACAGGCCGGUCGCUUGAUACGGCAGCUUCUGGAUGAGGACAGUGAUCCAAUGCUGUCCCCUCGCUUCUAUGCCUAUGGACAGAGCCAACAGUACCUGGAUGAUACAGAAGUGCCUCCUUCCCCUCCCAAUUCUCACUCAUUCAUGAGGAGGCGAAGUUCAUCUUUGGGAUCCUAUGAAGAUGACAGAGAGGACCUUACCCCAGCGCAACUCACCCGGAGGAUCCAGGGACUGAAAAAAAAGAUCAGGAGAUUUGAGGACAAAUUCGAAGAGGAGAGGAAAUACAGACCUUCCCACAGUGACAAAGCAGCCAACCCUGAAGUGCUUAAAUGGACAAAUGAUUUGGCCAAAUUCCGAAAACAACUUAAAGAGUCAAAACUGAAGAUAUCAGAAGAAGACCUUGGCCCUGUUGUGCGUCAGCGGAGCAACACGCUCCCCAAGAGCUUUGGUUCUCAGCUUGAAAAGGACGACGACAAGAAACAAGACCUGUCAGAUAAAUCUGCCAAACCUGCCGUGGAAGCAACCCUUGAUUCUAUCCAGAAGAAGCUUCAAGAAAAACGAACAGAGACAAACCGACCUGAAGAUAUUAAGGACAUGACAAGAGAUCAGAUAGCAGCUGAAAAGGUGUCUCUUCAAAAAGCUUUGCUGUAUUAUGAAAGCAUUCAUGGCAGACCAGUUACCAAAAAUGAACGGCAGGUAAUGAAGCCAUUGUAUGACAGGUAUCGUUUGGUCAAGCAGAUCCUCUCCAGAGCCAACACCAUCCCUAUCAUUGGUUCCCCCUCCAGCAAGCGGAGAAGCCCUUUGCUGCAGCCAAUUAUCGAGGGCGAAACAGCUUCCUUCUUCAAGGAGAUAAAGGAAGAAGAGGAGGGAUCCGAGGAGGACAGCAAUGUGAAGCCAGAUUUCACAAUUACCAUGAAAACAGAUUUCAGCGUGCGCAGCUUCUUGGAUCAACUAGAAGAUGAUGCUGAUGGCUUUGUUUCCCCAGUGGAUGAUAAGGUGCCAUCUAGGAGCAAUCAGGAUAUGGGGCUUUCAAAUCUCCACGAAGCAUCCAUCCCUGAACUUUUAGAGCAGCUCCAAGAAGUCAGGGAAGAGAAAAAGCGAAUCAGAAAAAAAUUGAGAGACUUCGAAGAUAACUUUUUCCGACAAAAUGGAAGGAACGUGCAGAAAGAAGACCGCACUCCUAUGGCUGAAGAGUACAAUGAAUACAAGCAGGUCAAGGCCAAGCUGAGAUUGCUGGAGGUCUUGAUCAGUAAAAGAGAUAUUAGCUCCAAGAUCAUGUAAAGGAGAUUGUCUUGCCAAUAAACAAAGAGGAGAGCACACCAAAUGGACAAAUGCAUGAAGUGGAUGCAGCAGGAGCCUGGCUGGAGAGAGCUGAGGAGCUCCCUGGGAACUGAAGGGCCAUUCCCAGAGGCGGGAGGGGGAGGAAGGAUGGCUUCCUGUCACUUUCUGCACUUGCUGUUGCCCAAUCUUUCUCCAGGCCUGAUAGCAAAAAAUGGAGUUUGCCAGUGUAGGAGACACGGCACUGCACUCAGUGACUUCACUGAAGGGAUCCUUCUGUUUUGAUUUGCUUACAGAUCCUGUAAUAUUUAGCAUAUCAAAGCCAGCCAUGCUAUUCUUUUUUUUUCCCAGGAUAUCACAGCAAGAGGCAAAGUAGGAUGAAUAGUAAUUAAAUCAUCAAGUAGCUUCUCCUUAAGAGACAAGUGUUCUGACUGAUCUCAUGUGAAGGCACAGGUCAGAUGACAUCAAGACUGUUCUCUUGUAGCUACAGUGAAGAUUUGCUCAGACUUUUAACUUGGCUGUUUGGAGUCCAGCAUCUUCUGUUGCUCUAGAUAAGUGAUGUAAGAAUCUCCCUGUCAUCACCCAGAGCUGUUGUGAGUUACAGUUUUGCCGAGGCUUGAGUUGAGUUUUCUUCCCACUUUUUUGAUGGCUGAAUCGACCAAAGUAGAAGAAAAGUAUUUGCACCUUUUUGGUAUAGCAAAGAAAAUGAGCUGUGCAGCAAGGUUCUCGCCCACUUGUUCUGCUUGGAAGGUGAUACAAUGGAAGUUUUUAAAACCUCUUUUCUCCCAGUUGCCUAAACAGGGGCAUAAUGUUAAUUCAGAAUCCCUUGGAACUUUGGUAGCCGAUACGUUAAAUGUCUGGUGUCGAGUCUCUGGAAGACCCAGCCCGUUCGUAUGUGUGCUUCAUCAUUUGAUACAGAUGUUGGAGUCUAAGCUAAACAGUCCAUGUGGGUGUCAUAUCUAGUCACUAGCCUAAAUGUUGGUCUUCUAUGUACUCCAUCAAUCAUACUAUGUAGGCUGCAGCAAUGACACUGUGGUGGUGGAAACAGAGGAUGAUCUUUUCUUCCCAGGGUGUAUUGGUGAUAUGCCAGCCCAGAAGAUACUGCAGGUAACUAAAAGCCUAGAGCUGUGCCUUGCCUGUGGAAAGGGCCUAUGUCUUGGGUGCAACCUUUUCAGGUUUGUUCAUGACUUUCAGAAAAGAGAGUCCUGGGACACCUAAUUCCAGGGCUUAAACAGGAGCUCCCGGAAGGAGUGGAAGGCAAGUUCAGGAACGCACAGAGUGUCUGAGGGCUCACAGUUCUGCUGUCCCAGGCCACCUGGGCUUGCUCUCCCACUGCAGAGGCUUGUGUGCCCCAGCUUGCUCUGCCCUGAGCCAGGGCUCAACCCUGAUGUUGCAGGGAGAGCACUUCUCUAACGCUCUAUUUUGCUUUGAUCUGCUAGGGAGCUGAUGUGCAGAAGCCAAAUGGCUGAGAUAAAUGCAGUACCAGGUUGUCAUAGCCAGGCCUCACGCGCUUUGUGCCAGAGGAGGCAAGAAGAGAACCCCAGGAAAAACUUCUCCCCCUUCCUUCUUUAUAUGGGCAAGUGGGCUUACAGAUAUAGUUGGGUUGUGGUACUUGGACUUUUACCCCCUUCCAUCUGCUGCAUGUGCUAUGUAUGCCAAAACUGAUGCCAAGAGUGUUCUUCUCUCUUCAGGAUCCCAUAACCACUUCAGAAGGCAACCUUCUCCCAGUGGGUUUGCCCAUUGCUGAUCUGGAUGAGUAUGGCAGUGAUGUGCAUUAAUUAGUGAAAGCAUUUAGGAGGGGGACUCCCAGGUUGUGCUUUUUUUUUUUACUGAUUGCAGAAUUGUCGUUUGUAUAUAAAAUCAGAGCAGACUGAAUUUCAUCUUUCAAAGAGUCCAGAGAACUUGUGUGCUGAAGUGGGCUUAGCUUUUCAGAGAUGCUGAAGUGGUAUUUCCGUCAUUUGAGGGAUGUGGGGCUUUGCUCUGCAAACUGAUCCUUUGAGUGUGUUAACAGGGCUGGCUAACGGGCUCAAAAACUGCUUUUGAAGAUGUCUGACUAGAAGGAAAGACUGACCAGGGUAAAGCCCUGUCUUGACCACAGUCCAGGAAAACAGAGCUGUGCCUUUGUCCUUCAGCCUGCUCUUACAGGCUCUUCUUCUCAGAGUCUGUAAGUCAGCUCUCCCUAGUUGAUUUAGAUGCAGCAGCUGAGCCAAACUGGCUGCAGUGUCCCUCUACUAUAGAAAGUGUAGGAUGAGAAAAAAUGUUGGGAUUACAAAAAGGCCUGUCCCUCUUUGGUGUGGUUCAGGCCCAGUUCAGCAAAGCAAAAGAAGGGGUGGUGAGCAUGUGCCUCAAGCUGAUCUGCCAUGGGGGUUUUGCUGAACUAUUGUGAACUAAAGCUUGGGCACUUUGCUGAAUCCUGGACAUCUUUACAUGGGCAAGAGAAGUAGUUUCUUCCCUUUCUUCAUAGUCAUACAUUUUUCCAGUCAUCCAAGGCCUGCCAGGAGUCUGGUUUCUCUGCUUAUUUUUAAAAGCCUAUUUGCACUGUGUACUGAUAAAUUAUCUGUUUUGCUGGGUUUUGUCCCUGACAAAUCUUGAUAAAUGAUAUGUAGGGAACAGUCCAUUUUAUUUUUAAACUGAUGAGAUUGUAGCAUUUUCUGAUGCUUAGUUACUGCUGUUUACAUGGUAUAUUGCUAGAAUUUCAGAUAGUUAAUAUGAAACAUAAGUACAAUUAUGCACUUUAGAGAGUUUAUAUUUUUGAACUUUGAAAGCUAAGAGUAUAAAAAAAACCUGUUAACUGAGAUUGUACAUUAAAAGAAGAAAACCCCACACCUAGCCAUCUCUCUUUGUAAACUGUUCAAGUCUUUUCCUGUGCCAAAAAAAACCCCAACAAACAAAAAUAAAAAACCAACAAACAAACCAUCAUCUGCCUAGUUGCAAAGGGCACCAGUAGGAAAGGCCAUCAUAGAGAAGAAGGGAAUUUUAAAAUUCCAGUCCUGGAAAGACACAUACAAAUGCUCGACUUUCUGUCCUGGGUUUUCAGAUGCUGUGACUACCCUCUUCCAAGCCUGUGCAGGAGGAGGGCUCCAAGGCCUGGGCACUAAAAUGUUGUCUUUGUAUCUCCCACAGAUUAUUUGACUUCCCAUUAACCACAAAUAGCCAGGAAUGUUUGCCCUGCCACACUCGUCUCAGUCAUUCCAAGCAACUUCUGUAUGUUUUGUUUGAUGAUUUGUCUCUGCCAACAUCAGUGACUGUUGACUGGAGAACGUUAAAUACAAGGCUGUGUUUUUAAAAGGUGUGAAGUACUGUACAAAAAUCUACUUUAUGUGAUAUAAAUAAGCUGUUAGUCUAAGACAACCUGUUCCCGUGUCACUAGAACAAACUGUCUGCUGUAGGAUGGCAGUUCUGGUCUGUUGGGCUUCCCAUCCACGAGGGCCAUUUCAGACAUGCAUGUCUGUGCAUUACCACAUUGUGGUAUAAAUCAUUGCAGUCCGUUUAAAUCAUGAUGAUGAAUGGGUUGUGGACAAAAAAAGAUUGCAAGAGGUAAAGACAGGAAAAAAACCUGUCAUUCUUACAAGUUGCAUUUGGUUUUAUUCUGUUUACUCCUGGGUAAACAGUCAAAUAAUGGAUGUUUAUGUUAAAGGCAGUGAAAUUAAAGCAUUUUCUCUUUUAA